UUGCACAGUGGAGCAAUCCUAGUCGCCAUGGAGUCACUGGCGUUAACUUGACAUAAAUUCGAUGAUUUAUAAAUCGGCAGUUUAAUAAUAGAGAUAAUUUACCCAGCUUAAAUUUGAAAAUUAUUUCAGAAAAGCCAAUGUUAAAAAUGGAGGAAUCGAAUGCGAAUGGAUCAGGAGUAGAUACCGUGUCUAUAGAGGUUUCUCCUUCUAAUGCUGAAGUAAUAAGAGGACAAAUUUUCGAAGUUGGUCCCAGAUAUACUAAUCUAGCCUAUAUCGGCGAAGGAGCUUAUGGCAUGGUUGUGUCUGCAGAGGACACGAUAACUAGCCAAAGAGUUGCAAUAAAAAAAAUUUCACCGUUUGAACAUCAAACAUAUUGUCAAAGGACUCUCAGAGAAAUAACCAUAUUGACCAGAUUUAAACAUGAAAACAUUAUCGAUAUUCGAGACAUUCUUCGAGUUGAUAGCAUAGACCAAAUGAGGGAUGUUUAUAUUGUACAGUGUUUAAUGGAGACUGAUUUGUACAAAUUACUUAAAACACAGCGGCUAAGUAAUGACCACAUCUGUUACUUUUUGUACCAGAUAUUGCGCGGACUGAAGUACAUACAUUCGGCAAACGUCUUGCAUCGGGACUUAAAGCCAAGCAACCUUCUAUUAAAUAAGACGUGCGAUUUAAAAAUUUGUGACUUUGGGUUGGCUCGAAUUGCAGAUCCCGAACAUGACCAUACUGGAUUUCUGACAGAAUAUGUUGCUACUCGGUGGUAUAGGGCACCCGAAAUUAUGCUGAACUCAAAGGGAUACACAAAAUCUAUUGAUAUCUGGUCUGUUGGCUGCAUUUUGGCUGAAAUGCUAAGUAAUCGACCAAUAUUUCCUGGAAAACAUUAUUUGGAUCAACUUAACCAUAUUCUCGGCGUAUUGGGAUCACCAUCUCGUGAAGACUUAGAGUGUAUUAUAAACGAAAAGGCACGGAACUAUUUGGAGUCUUUACCCUUCAAGCCCAAUGUACCCUGGUCGAGGCUUUUUCCGAAUGCCGAUCCGUUGGCCUUAGAUCUUCUUGGAAAAAUGUUAACCUUUAAUCCGCAUAAACGGAUUCCUGUGGAGGAAGCUCUUGCACAUCCCUAUUUGGAGCAGUAUUAUGAUCCUGGAGAUGAGCCUGUCGCCGAAGUGCCGUUCCGGAUAAAUAUGGAAAAUGAUGACAUUUCUCGAGAUGCUUUGAAGUCAUUGAUUUUUGAUGAAACUUUAAAAUUUACAGAACGACAACCAGAAAGAGCUCUUUAAAGAAAUUGAGUAUUUAGUAAGAGCUUUAACUGAAUUGUAUGCAUACUAAAGGGUCGUUUUCUCAUAAACAUAUUGUUCUCAUAACAAAAUAAAAUGAUAUGUUGGCUUAGGUAAACCGCAGAAUAUAUAAUUAUUGGCCAGAAUUAUAAAAAAUUAAUUCAAACCCUAUCAUUAUUUUUUGUCGUGUUCUGGAAGUUUUGUGUAAAUUUUGCCCUGCUAAUUCUAAUAAACAACAUAAUUAUUGCUUA